AUGAGCCAGCUCGACCCAGGCCACAGGUGCUCGUUUGGUGACGUGGAUGCGCUGAUGAGGACUCUGCGGCUGGUGGUGCACAUCCCCACCCUGCUCCUGGGCCUGCUCCUCAACCUGCUGGCCAUCCGCGGCUUCAGCGCCUUCCUGAAGAACAGGCGUCCGGACUACGCGGCCACCUCCAUCUACAUGAUCAACCUGGCCAUCUUUGACUUGCUUCUGGUGCUGUCGCUGCCAUUCAAGAUGGCCCUGUCUGAUGUCCAGUCUCCCUCGCCUGCCUUCUGCACGCUGGUGGAGUGCCUCUACUUCAUCAGCAUGUACGGAAGCAUUUUCACCAUCUGCUUCAUCAGCCUGGACAGGUUCCUGGCCAUUCAGUACCCGCUCCAGGUCAGCCACCUCCGCUCCCCCAGGAAGACCCUGGGGGUGUGCAGCGCCAUCUGGCUCCUGGUGUGGACUGGAAGCAUCCCCAUCUAUAACUUCCACGGCCACGUAGAAACGUACACCUGCUUCCACAACAUGUCUGACGUCACCUGGAGCGCUCAGGUCUUCUUUCCUCUGGAGGUGUUUGGCUUCCUGCUUCCCAUGAGCCUCAUGGGCUUCUGCUCCUGCAGGAGCAUUCACAUUCUGCUGGCCCGGCGGGGCCGCACCCAGGACUGGGCCCAGCAGAGAGCCUGCAUCUGGACCAUUGCGACCAACCUCAUUGUGUUCGUGGUCUCUUUCCUGCCAGUGCACUUGGGUUUCUUCCUACAGUUCCUGGUGAGGAACGGCGUCAUCCUGGAGUGCAGGGCCAAGCAGCGCAUCAGCUUCUUCCUGCAGCUGUCCCUGUGCUUCUCCAACAUCAACUGCUGCCUCGACGUUUUCUGCUACUACUUUGUCAUCAAAGAAUUCCGCAAGGGCAUCAAGGCCCAUCGGCCUUCCAGGAUCCAGCUGGUCCGCCAGGACACUGUGACUACCAGGGACUAA